AUGGCCAGUCCCAAGAAGUCUAAGGGCAAGAGAAAGGUUCAAGAUCUUGAUAAUGGACCUCCAGCUGGACGAGUCAAGAAAACACGAACUCCAAAGAGUCACCCCGCUCCUUUGACUGACAAUCACCCCGCUCCUUCAACUGACAAUCACCCCGCUCCUUCAGGUGAACUCAGUGGCCCUAGACGCUCUGGUCGUUCGAAUGCAGGGACAGGCGGACGGAAUGUGCAGCUGGAAAAACUCGAUUCAGUCUUCGAUGCCUCAGCUCGCAAACGGCUGUUGAAAGGCUCUACAUCCCUUGGCGCUGACAUUCCAAGGAACCCACAAGCUCCCGACGCUCGCAAGAGCCGCAAGCCUAGAAAGGCCACCGCUCCCCCUCCAUAUGCCCCAGCUGACGCAAAUUCCAUGGAUGUAUCCGAGGCAUCCGACUCGCAACGUGGACACGACACAUCGCAGCCUCCCCAAGCCCAGAGACCAACUGUGCCUCCCGACACCCAACCGAACUUGUUCGCAUUGAAUAACCCAUACGCAGCUGCCAGGUCUGAGCAGGUACCAUAUGGAAGCAAGGCAAUUCCAGCCACCUACAAUCCGUAUGUAGCCACACUCCCCUCAGCACCAUCACUUGUCGCGAGUGCGCAUCUGGAGCCAAGGUUUCUGAACGCCACUGUCAAUCAGCCUGCUGGACCCGCGAUAAUUCCGGAGCAUCUCAUAGACCCAGCACUACGCACUCGGGCAUCACCGCUUGACGCAAAUACAUGCUCUGUGCCAACGUUUUCGAACACCACCCAGUAUGUCAAUCCACCAUUUAUUCAGUCUGCUGCGCUUCCGAGGCUUCCACAGUCUGUUGCGUUGAGUGAUACAUCGGACGUUGAGGAUGGGAGUGAUGAGAGCUCAGCGGAAGAAGACACCGGAGCAGAGGACGAAGAUGCUGAUGGAGAUGCUGACAUUGGCAACUGGGGAGCAGUUCGCGGACGACACACGAUCCAUCCAGGAUUUUCUGAGGAACGGCCCCCUCAGCCCCCUCCGAACCCACGUGCUUUGACGCCCGAAUUCGAUUUCCAGUAUUCGCGCGACGAGGAUGAAGGCCAUGCGGCGGCUAGUCUGGCCUCAGCGCAGCCGAGGAACAAUGUUCAGUACUCACGCAACGAAGUCAACACAGCGGGAUUUUCUGAGGAACGGCCCCCUCAGCCCCCUCCGAACCCAUGUGCUUUGACGCCCGAAUUCGAUUUCCAGUAUUCACGCGACGAGGAUGAAGGCCAUGCGGCGGCUAGUCUGGCCUCAGCGCAGCCGAGGAACAAUGUUCGAUACUCACGCAACGAAGUCAACAUAGCAGCAAAUCUCACCUCAGCGCAGCAAAAGCCCAGGCCCAAGCCGAAACGGACACGUAGUGAUGUCCUCGAGCAACCCCAGAAGCAGAAUGAUGUCCUCGAGCAACAUCAGAAGAAAAAUGGUCUGCGCCGCCUCCCUGACCCCGAGUACCUCGAAACACUUCGCCAGCAAUCCGAGAUCAAUGUUCAACGUGAAAAUCAGCAUGAAGUUCCUCAAUCACGAUCCGAAGCAAGGCCCACGCAACUCGGGUGGUACAGUACCGGCUGGAAAGUCUUCCUGGAGGAAGCGAAGGGAGAGUGUCGCACGGUUCACACAUUAACCAACCCAUUUCCAACUCUGGCGGGGGACUUACCAAAAUCGAUAACGGGAGUCCUGUCGGCCCUCAAGAUCGAGUGGGAGAAGAACGGGAAGCAGGUAGAAAGCGGUGUGUGGCCUGCGCAGCAGUCUAACAUGGCCAGGCUGCUCUACGACGAUCUUGCGACUUGGCGGUCUGAGUUGAAGAAAGUCGUUAUUUCCUUGACCCCGAUCAUGUUGGAUCUCAUCCCCCCCAUCGAGAUACCCGCCCAGGAACGGCCAGCAUGGGUCGCAAUUAGAGCGAAAACACUACGUCGUGACUCUCUGUUCCUGCGGAAUGGAUUUGAUAUAAACGGCAAGACUAAUAAUUUCGCAAAUCCAGCGCUCCGAGAAGCCGUCGUCAUAUUCUACUACACUGGAUCAUACAGAUUAGCUCGGAGAAGGCCAGAUCUAUUUCGCAAACGGCUACCUAUAACAUGCUUAGCGCUUGUCUCCGCCGCGUUCGAUUGUGUCCUCCUUGGCUUCUCAACAAACGGUACCGGCAAGACUUUCCCCAAAUUCACUGUGAAGGAAUACGGACAAAUCUACAAAGAGAUGAUGACGAUGAUCGAGUCCAUUUUGUUGGAUCCAUAUCACGGCCCCAAACUGAUCGAGCAACUUGAAGACUGGGCCGCAUAUGGAUGGUCAGAAGGCUUGAAGGUUGAUGGCGGCUAUGGCUUGGAAACAAAGCACGAGCACUUGAAGGUAGUACUCGAUUAG